AUGGGCAUGACUAGCAGUCUGCCCAAAUUGUUGCGCGCUAAGAACAACAAUGGAAAGUCGCAUGAGAGUUCUAGUGCUGCUUCUGUGCUGCAUGACUAG